AUGGCUGCCACCACCAAAUUGUCAGCACAUUUCUCCGCUGUCUUGCUCAUCAUCACUUUUCUGAUCCUCCACCUUCCUUCCGCCAACUCAGUCUCUUUCCAAGUCUCUCGCUUUGAAGACGCCGAACCCAACAUACUCUACCAGGGAGACGCAGUUCCGAGAGUCGGAGCUGUUGAGAUCACCAACGAGUUCGAGUUCGUUUGUCGUCUCGGUUGGGUCACCUUCGCCAAAAAGGUACCCCUCUGGGAUCCCGAUUCCGGUAAGCUCUCCGAUUUCUCGACCCAUUUCUCCUUUGUCGUUGACACGCUAAACAACUCGUUGUUUGGCAACGGGCUCACUUUCUUCCUUGCUCCGGUCGGGUCUCAGAUCCCUCCCAACUCUCGUGGGGGCUUUCUCGGCUUAUUUAACACAACAACGAGCUUCUCAACCGCCAGUAAAACAGUUAUGGUGGAGUUUGAUACUGUCAACAAUGAAGAAUGGGAUCCAGUUGAUGUGGAUACCCAUGUCGGGAUCAACAAUAACUCUAUUGCUUCUUUUGUCUACACAGCUUGGAAUGCAGAACGCCAGAAAGGACACACUGCAGUUGCGGAGAUUACGUAUAAUGCCGCCACUAAAUAUUUGAGUGUGUCUUGGUCAUACCAGUUAACCUUUGACUCCCAAGAGGAAUCAAGUCUGGAUUACGUAAUUGAUCUUUCUAAGGUUCUUCCUCCAUGGGUUACUGUUGGGAUUUCGGCUUCUACUGGUUCAAUAUUCGAGCGACAUGCCCUUCUAUCCUGGGAGUUUAAUUCAAGUUUGGAGGAGCCAAAGGGAGCUUUAAGAAAGAUUGCCAUAAUAGUUGGUGUUUCUCUCUCGGGUUUGGUUGUGAUUGCUUUGUUGAUCACUAUUACACUAAUCAUGAGGCGUCGAAAACAAAAGAUAAGGAAGAAAUUAGUAGAGGAAAUGAACUUGACAUUAAUAAGCGAUGAUCUUGAAAGAGGAGCAGGACCAAGAAGGUUUUCCUACACAGAUCUUGUUUUUGCUACAAACAACUUCUCGAAUGAGCGAAAGUUGGGUGAAGGACGGUUUGGGAAAGUUUACAGAGGAUACCUAGCUGAUUUAGAUAUGUUGGUCGCAGUGAAAAAGAUUUCAAGAGGCUCUAGACGAGGCAAAAAAGAGUAUAUAACGGAGGUAAAGGUGAUUAGCAGAUUGAGACAUAGGAAUCUUGUGCAGCUCAUUGGCUGGUGUCAUGACAGAGGUGAAUUCUUGUUAGUGUAUGAUUUCAUGCCAAAUGGUAGCCUCGAUUCCCAUCUCUUUGGAAAAAGAAGUCCUCUUGCAUGGCCUGUAAGGUACAAGAUCUCUAUAGGAUUAGCCUCUGCAUUGCUCUAUCCUCAUUAAGAAUGGGAGCAGUGUGUUGUGCACCGCGACAUCAAAUCAAGCAAUGCAAUGCUGGAUUCCAGCUUCAAUGUCAAGCUUGGUGACUUCGGAUUAGCUAGAUUGAUGGAUCAUGAGCUCGGUCCCCAAACAACUGCGCUGGCUGGCACUUUGGUCUAUUUGGCUCCUGAAUAUAUAAGCACAGGAAGGGCUAGUAAAGAGUCUGAUGUAUAUAGCUUUGGAGUUGUUGCUCUAGAAAUUGUCACACGAAGAAAAUCAGUUAAUCCUGGCAAAAGAGAGUACGAAAUGGGAUUAGUAGAGUGGGUCUGUGAUCUUUACGGAAAGAGAGAGAUAAUCUCAGUCGUGGACAAGAGAUUGCAGAGUGAAUUUGAUGAGAAACAAGCAGAGUGUCGACCAUUCAGACAAUUACAACUUUUUGUCUUUGCAGCCUAUAAAUAG